CAAAAACAAUUAUUUUCAAAGUCUACUGUAAAAAAGAACGGAAAAUCGAGCGAGUCAGCGAAUAGAAAAUUGAACAAUGUCUAAAGCUCAUUUGGCAGGACAUUACUUAUCUAGCGAGAGGCAAGAAAUUCGGUACCAUUGAAGUACACUUAAAAAGCAUUGAAACUGCACAAGUGCACUCAGUAAAAUCUUUGGAAACCGAGGAUAUAAUCUUAAUACCUAUUUACAUGGGUAUGAGGACAUCCAAUAUAAAAAUACCAAAGGUCCCAUCUCAAAUUGACCCAAUGUGGUUGAUGGCGGCGGUCCUGGCAAAGAAGGUAGAUGAGGUAAAUAUACUUCAGGUUAUCGUCACCGAAAAAACAUAUUGCAUCGGCCACACGGUCCACUUAUUAAUUCAAGGAGAACAGGCUGUAAUUGAACAACUUCCAGAAAAAAUAGAAGUUGGGGAGGAGUUCCUCAACGUUUUUGUCGAGGGACGUAAACCCCGAUGUUUUCUGUGUGGCCAGCUAGGCCAUAUAAAAAAAAUACUGUAAGGAAGGCGUGUAGGAAUCGGAAGCUGAAGAGGAAGAAAAAGAAAAUGAAACAGAAAAGAAAGCUACUGGCAAAAGACAAAUAGAAAACGAAAACCAACCAAAACCAACAGAACAACGACCAAAAAAGAGUCCAACCAAAAACAACAAGGAAAGAAGUAGCGGACAGAGGAAUUGUAGCACUACAUAAUAAAAAUGAAGAUUUAAUGAGAGAAAUAAAAUUUAAAAAAUCAGCCACCAGAAUAGCAGAACUGUCAGACAAAUAUAAAAUUUAUGAAUUUUAUGAAAUGGACAAAAAGACACAUAAUAUUUUUUUGAAUACGUACAGAAAGUCUGUAUCAGCAAUGAGACUAGACUUUAACGAAUCUAUUUUUCAAGACCUGCCACCUCCGACCCUGUAUCAAGAAAAGGUGGAAGGUCCCUCUCCACCAGACAGCCCUGACUAACAGAAAAAUAUUAUAUUACUUGGAAGUCCUGGCUGUGGAAAAACAACAGUUGGUAGAAUUCUUGGGAUAAAACUUGGAUUACCUGUGAUAGAUAUUGAGAGUGACUAUUUAGAAAAUAUCUGGAAAAUGCCAGUGGCACAAAAGCUUUCUGAAGUUGGAAUAACGAUUUUUCUUAAAGAAGAAGGCAAAGCCAUGAUGAAUUUUGAGACCAAACAGCAAGCUGUUGUUUCACUCACUUGUUCAAAUCCUUUACAUGCUGAAAGUUUCUCCAAAAUAUCCAAAAGUGGUGUGGUGGUUUUCCUAGAUGUCAGCAAAGAAGACAUCUUGAAACGUGUGGCCAAAAUGAAGGUGAACAGAAUAAGUGAUUUCAAGGAAGAAAUAGUUUUAAAAGAAAUUCUCAACUAUCGUCGAACUUUUUAUGAAAAGUUUUAUGACAUGAGAAUUAUAUGUGAAGAAAACGAAAAUCCAUUUUCAAUAAGUGAAAAAAUAUUUAAGACCCUUAACAAAUUGGACAAUCCUUUUGGUUAUGUAUCUACAAGACACACUACACAAUCUGGACUACAUCAAGGUCAUAUGGAUUUUAAGACUACUUUGGUCUGUGGACUUGCAAAAGAUGGUGGCUUAUUUGUGGCAGAGGAGCACAACUUUCCAGCAUUGACACCUGGUCAGUGGAAACGUUUGGUUGGACUUCCAUAUAAUAAAAUUGCCUUGCGGAUUCUUGAACAGUGGAUUCAUCCAUCAGAUCUAAAUCCACAAACAUUAAAUACAUACAUUGAAAAUAGUUACAAAAAUGAGAUUUUUUCCAAUGAAGAUGUUAUUUCUAUAAAACAUUUAACAGACAAUCAAUAUAUACUUGAAUUAUUUCAUGGUCCAACAGCAUCAUGUAAAGACUGUUCUCUGCAGUUGAUGUCAAAGUUAUUUUUAGAAGCUGUACAACAGGACACUCUAAAAAAUAAAAAGUUUGUGAUUCUUGUUGCAACAUCUGGAGAUACUGGAAGUGCUGUGAUAGACGGAUUUUCGAAAUUGGAAAGUAAUGGAUCACUCGGUGUGAUGGUACUUUACCCAAAAGAUGGUGUCAGCAAAAUGCAGAAAAAACUGAUGAUCAACGCAGAUAGAAAAAAUGUCCAUGUUAUCGAAGUUGAUGGAGAUUUUGACUUCUGCCAGAAGACAGUAAAGAAUAUUUUUCAAGACAAAGAAUUAAAGGAUUUUCUUGAAUCAAAAUAUAAUUUAUCUCUCAGUGCAGCCAAUUCCAUCAACUGGGGAAGGCUUCUACCACAAGUGGUACACCAUACUGCAGCUUAUUUGAACAUGGUUAAAACAGGUGUUAUUUGCUUUGGUGAUCCUGUUAACAUUUGUAUUCCAACCGGAAACUUUGGGAAUGUGUUGGCAGCAUAUUACUCUAAGAAAAUGGGUAUUCCUUUUCAGAAAAUCAUUUGUGCAAACAAUGAAAAUAACAUUAUUACUGAUUUCAUGAAGACUGGCUGUUAUUUCUUGCAUGGACGUAGCUUAUUACAUACCAUCUCUCCCUCUAUUGAUAUUCUAAUACCAUCGAAUCUUGAAAGAUAUCUUUACCAUAUCUCCGGCAACUCAACUCACCUUGUGAAACAGUAUAAUAAAUCUUUAAAAGAUCAUGGCUGUUUUCAAGUUAAUAAUCAAAUUUUGAAUAGAAUUCGGUCUGACAUGUAUGCUGAUUGGUGCUCAGAAGAAGAUUGCUUGGAUGCCAUUCUGACAACAUAUAAAACAUCUGGAUAUCUUCUUGAUACUCACACAGCAGUAGCGAAGGUUGUUGCUGACCGAUACCAAAAGUCCACCAAUAGUAAAGAGCCGAUGAUUAUUGCUUCAACAGCCCAUUAUAUGAAAUCUGGUGACACAAUACUGCCCACUAUUCUUCAAGAUCGCCAACACUUUAAAGAACUGCCAUUAACAGACAUGAUAGAAAUAUUUAAGGAAUUACAACCCAGCCCUAAGCCUCAUUCAAAAGUCUGCGAAAUGAUUAAAAAAUCCCAAGUCCACUAUACAGUAUGUAAAGCCUGUGAAAAUACUAUAAAGAAUGAAUUACUCAAAUUUGUAGCAUCACUAUCCUGAUAAUACAUCAUUGUUGCCAAGAGGUAAUUUUGUUAUAGUUUUAUUCUCAAACUUCAGUGAUGUUUACCUAUUAACUUGAGUACUAAUCAUCACUGUUAAUCAUAAUGUAAUUCUUUGAUACUGCAAAGGCAGUUGACAGUGUAACAUUCAGAGUCCUGUCAUUAUUAAUAUCAAAUUAUUUAAGCUGAUAGAACUACAUCUCCUCUAGAGUCACUGCGAACAUCAGUUACUCCUGAUCAACAUUCUUAACAAUUCCUGUAAUAUAAUUCUGUAAAUUAUUUGUUUUUGUUUGUUGCUACUGUAAAUACCAGUUCUUGCCAAUUGUCAUGCUAAACAGUGGUUUCUGUUGACAUGAUAAAUACCCUUUCUUGCCAGCUGACAUGGGAACAUCAGUUGUUUCCUGUGGGACUACAAGUGUUUCAAAUGCCAUCACUAAUAUUUAGAGAGUUUACUUUUGUAAAUUCAUCUAAAUGCAAGCUGUGAGAUGUUGCAGGUAAAAGUUCACACUGUAAUUAAGUGUCUUAACUCAUACAGGACUGUUUUUUUUUUCUUUUUGGUGAAUUUCUCUUCAUUUGGUUCAAUGAAAGGAAAAAAGGAAGUGGAAAAAUCUAAGAAAAUCAUGUUCAAUCUGAGUAAAUAAAGUUCUCAUUUCACUGA